AUGAAUCCAGAUCCAAUGGAAGUGCAAGAACCACCACCCCAUAGGAACGAGAAAACCAUCUUUGAGAUAUGCAGAGAAGCCAGAAACUUUCGUACUAAUGCUAGGAGGUGUGGCACUCUUAUUCAGCCCUACGAAUUUAGCUGUCCACAAACUGCAGAACUUGGAUUUAAAGAUGGUUAUAUCUAUUAUUCAAGCAAGGCAAUAAAGUUUGCUGCGGAUAAAGAACAAGGAUUUGACUCAGAGGAACUGCAGAAACGAGCUGCCACCUUCUGGGUUCUGAAUGAAGUGCCUUUUGGUCAGCUAAACCCAUUGGGGCUAAAUCCAUCCAUUGAUGUAGGGAUUGUUAAGACCUACGGCGUGGCCUAUAAUACCCUAAUUGGAAAAACAAUCAUUGCCUUUGCUCGCUCUCAACAAAGUGUGCUCUCCUGGAUAGCAAAUCCAGAUAACAGUAUGUUCGUUCGUGAUCAGUUAAGAAAUAGUAUUAGGUCUUUGUAUGUGGCACUGGAGAGGUUAUGGGACAAACAGUGGACAGUAGAUAAUGUGGAAGAUAUUGGAACUUACGCUAUUAAUGAGAAUAUGAUCCAAAUUAUGCCAUUCCGAGUUCGUGGAAGGACUCCUGAUGAUGAGAUGACACCUAGGCAGGGUUUGCAACUACUGAUACAGACCAAUAUUUUGCAACAUUGGCCAGAUGAUAUUGAACUAGCGCACUUCAAUGCAUUCCUCAUUAACCCAAAUAUAAACAUAAGGAAACAAGAUGUCCUCGAUCAUCCAUUCCUAGUCACAGUCCCCCACGUUAGGGAGAGCAAGUAUAAAAGAUUAUAUGAAGAAGGAUUUUUUUUUACCGAUGACCAAAUAGAUUGGUUGGAGAACCAUAUCUUCUUACAGGGGUGGCAAGGCAAUGUUGGAGACCCGUCUCUUACAGCGAUUCUGGUCCAUCAAAUUGAAGUUACCCAGGGGGUGGGGUUUGCUCAAACAGUUUUUGGAGCCUUGCACUUUGCCAAAGUAGUCAUAGCUCAUUAUCACCAGUAUGAUAUUAGUAGGCGGCCUCUUCUUGAUGAUGAUCUCAGGCAUCUUCUGCAAGGACUUCUUACUGGAGUAUAUGGUGCUAGGUUUAAUGAGGAAUUUAUUGCUUUGGGCUAG